UUGUUGUGUGUCGGGUGACGUCAGCGGUGUGCGGGAGCCUGGCGAGACAAAGGCGUGGAGGAGCAGCGCAGGAGCGGAGCGGGGAGGAGCAGCGCAGGAGUGGAGCGAAGUGGGGUCAGCAGCAGGCAGAAGGAGCCCACUUUGUUGGACACUUGGAAACGGCCAACCGCCAGCUUCUCCCGGCCAGCCUGGCACCAGAGCGGCUGCGGGAGAUGAAAGUAGAGUCCUAGUUCUAGUCCUCGUCCUCAACCUUUUAUAGUCUUUCUCUUUUACUGCUAGGCGGCUAACUGCUAGCGGCUAACUGCUAGCCGCACAAAGGCGGCUCCUUCUUCUUCUCACAAGCACAACAAGUUGGCGCCAGUCCACCGAGUCGGGAUCAAAUCACUCCACACGCGGCGGCCGUCCGUGAUCUGAUGUGAGAUCCAGGAUGCCGAGCCCUUUAUUCCACCCCGAGAUCAUGGAGCACGACGUGGUGAUCAGCAGCCAGCACAACGGGCUCGCUCUGGCCCGGGAAAGCGAGCAGGAGUCCCGGGACGAGGACCACCAGGAGGUGCUCCGCUUCGCCCUGGACCAGCUGUCACUCAUGGCCCUGGAGAAGGUGGACUGCAUGGACGGCAGCCAGGCUCCCAGCUCCGAGGGUUACGUGGAUCUCCAGAUGCUCGACCACCCCGGCGGCUCGCGGGACUCGCCCACGUCCUGCUCCCCGUCGCCGGAGUACUACGGCUCGGGCGGCUACCACAUGUCCGGCUCGCACGCCCUGCUCCAUGGGGAGCAGAGCAGGAAGAGAAGCGUCAACAUGACGGAGUGUGUGCCGGUGCCCAGCUCGGAACAUGUGGCAGAGAUUGUGGGCCGACAAGGUUGUAAGAUCAAGGCGCUACGUGCCAAGACCAACACUUACAUCAAGACCCCCGUCAGAGGGGAGGAGCCAGUGUUCAUCGUGACGGGGCGCAGGGAGGAUGUGGAGAUGGCCAAGCGUGAGAUCGUCUCUGCCGCUGAACAUUUCUCCAUGAUCCGGGCGUCCCGCUGCAAAGCCGGAGGACCUGCAGCAGCAGGAGGAGGAGGGGGAGCUGGAGGGGGAGGAGGCUCGCUCCCCGGACCGCCACACCUCCCUGGACAAACAACCAUUCAGGUGAGGGUGCCCUACAGAGUGGUGGGCUUAGUUGUGGGACCAAAAGGAGCCACCAUCAAGCGCAUCCAGCAGCAGACCCACACCUACAUCGUGACGCCCAGUCGAGAGAAGGACCCCGUGUUCGAGGUGACCGGCAUGCCUGAGAACGUGGAUCGGGCCAGGGAGGAGAUCGAGACCCACAUCACGCUGAGAACCGGAACCUUUGUGGACCUUCAGGGGGACAACGACUUCCACACCAACGGCACAGACGUCAGCCUGGAGGGUCUGGGCUCCCUCAGCGCGGGUCUGGGAGCAUCCUUGUGGUCCCGGGCCUCCCACCACCAUUCCGCGCCACCACCGCCGCCGCCCGCGCCACCCUCUUCACCACCCAACCCCCCCAUGUCCGCCAAUCACUCCAGCGGCCGCAAGAUGUCGUCCUCGGUGGCCUACCACACGCACAAUAGCGCCAUGAGCUCAGACAACUUCAGCGCGGGGCGCAAAGCCAACGAGGGAGGGAGUCCCACCAGUCCCUUCAGCACAGGGUCCAGCAGCGCUGGGGGCGGGUUUACUUUCGGGGGCGACUCCACCCCGGGACUCCCGUCUUCAGAAGAACUUGGCUUUGAAUUCAGCGCUUCUAACAUCUGGGCGCCUUUCGUCAAUGGCGCCAAGUCGGGCGGCUCCUCGCAGCAGCAGCAGCCUGUGCGUCGUAACAGCAGCGGUCUCAGCGGUGGCGCCGUCACUCCACGCUUGUCCCCGACGCUGCCUCAGGAUACGGGCCCCCUGGACCACCCGUUGGCCCGCCGUGCCCAAAGCGACCCCCUCAGCACGCUCUCCUGGCUCCAGUCCGGCAACGCUGCAGGCGGCUCCUUCUCCGGCGGCUCCAGUUCCAGCUCCGGUGGCUCCUCCACCGGCUACUCCUCCUGCUCGGCCUCCUCGCUGCCCGGUGGCUCGCCCACCGACUCCGAGGGCGGCGGCGGCGGCGUGGGCCUCAGCUCCGGGAUGCUGAGUCGACUGAAAGGAGGCCCCGGCGCGGUGGUGGGGCUGGGCGGCGUCAACAGGGACUGCUUUGUGUGUUUCGAGAGCGAGGUGACGGCCGCCCUGGUGCCCUGCGGCCACAACCUCUUCUGCAUGGAGUGUGCGGGGCAGAUCUGCCAGUCUGCAGAGUCCGAGUGCCCCGUGUGCCACACCCCCACCACUCAGUGCAUACGCAUCUUCUCUUAAUAAUACUGACAAUGAUGCCAUGAUAAUAAUAAUAAUAAUAUUAAUAAUGACGCUAAGGACUUAUUUUGUCUUCAAACUUGUGUCUUAGCUCUUCAGGCCUUCAUUUUCUUUCAUUCAGGCUUCUUCUUUUCUCAGCCUUUCUUUUUCACACUUUUUCUACUUAGCAGAUAUUUUUCGACAACGCUGUCAAAACGAGGCCUGCACUUUUCUACUUUUCUCUUCAUGUGCUGUGCAACACCCCCCCAACCCCCCCCCCCUCAUGACCACAUGAUCCCCUCUCUCGCUAGCGGACUGCUUGGCCACGCCCCCUCAGCCAUGAAGCCAUGCCAAAUGUUAGACGCCAGCACAAUGCAGCAUUCUUUCUCCUUGGCCUCUCAGGUGUGGACGCCCGGCCCGCUGACAAUCCCUUUACCCCCCCUCACCUUCCCCCCUGUGUGGUUACUGCCCUCACCUCCCCCCAUGUGUGGUUACUGCCCUCACCUCCCCCCCUGUGUGGUUACUGCCCUCACCUCCCCCCCUGUGUGGUUACUGCCCUCACCUCCUCCCAUGUGUGGUUACUGCCCUCACCUCCCCCCAUGUGUGGUUACUGCCCUCACCUCCCCCCAUGUGUGGUUACUGCCCUCACCUUCCCCCCAUGGCGUGCUUAAAGGAAGGCAGUGAUCCAGCCCCCCCUCCCCAACUUCCUGUCUGUUACUUCCAUGAGCUCCUUCAGUGUCAUCUUCAUCCUGCUUCUGUCACGUUUGAGGACAAGUUCCAUACAAUAAUUCUGGGGGGUCAUUGAACUGUUUUUCCUGCACUGUAGCCCCCGACCCACCUAAACUGCUUUUAUUUUGGUCUUCCACCUCUCUGCUGCAGCAAAGCUGGGCUGCGUCUAGCGCCGCCUUCAGCAGUGCACUAAGUGUUUGCUCCCCAUUGAGUCCUUCUCUAGGGUUUGUCUUCUCCAUGUGAAGGCAAGCUGCGUUGUUUAAGGGCUUCCUCAGUAGGAAGACUUUCCUUAAUGGCAGCUACGUCAUCCAGGGCUUCCACGCACACUUUGUGUUCCAAUCCCAGCGAGAAUGUUGACGCCACGCUGAUGAAGGCUCCCCUUUGUAAAAGGAAAUGAAAUGUGUCCCUGGAGAGAAUGUUGGCGUCAUGUACAGUACUUUUCAUUCACACACAAAAAAAAAGGUACCCGUUUUUUCAGAUUGUCUGCUGAUUUUUAUUUUUUUAGCCAAAUGAUCCCCUCCCCCAUUGCCUUCCUUAAAGGUUUGAAAACAGGGUUUCCUGAGGCAGUGACCUCUGACCUUUUCUUCUUGGUGAUUAGAGGGGGGAUGUAAGGAGAACCUCGCCAAUGAAAAGGGGUCGAGCGGGGGGGCAAACUCCUCUAUUUUGUUUAUUGCUUUAACUCUUUUUGUACGCUGAACCAAAAUGUGCAGUCAGCAGACGCGUGUAAAUACCCUCAACAAUCAUCUUUUUACCAGCUAGAGGACUUUGUGACACACCUGUAGUUUCUCAUUCUUUGUAAGUUACCCACCUGCAUGUCUUCAAGCCACCUGGCUUUAGCUCAUUUUUAACAUUUCAAGACAAAAAGAAAACACAAAAAACUUUUUACACAUUUUUAUUUUUUACAAUUUAUUUGCUUACCUAAAUAUCCCAGACAAUAAUGUGACCCUUUUUAUGACUUCAAAUGUAUUUUUUAUUUUUUAUUUGUUUCCUUUUUCAUUAUUUCCUGUGUACUACAUAUAGGCGAUUUAUAACAAAAUGAGAAAAAUUAUUGAAGAAAUUUUUAAAAUUGAAAUAUAUUUUAUUUGAAAGUUUAUGGACCUUUUAACCAGACGCCGGGGAAAUUGUAUAAUCAUAUAAUUUGAGCUGGUUUGACGGUUAUAAGAAAUGUAUCAAGAGUUUUAUUUUUUAUGCUUCUUUAAUAAAGUCUUUGGUUUUGGUUCCAUUUUUUACUGUAAAAUGAUAAAGGUGUUUCUUGUCAUUAUUUCUUCACGGUGCAGAUGGUGUAUUUGCCUACUAGUGUUGGUGCAGAUGGUGUAUUUGCCUACUAGUGUUGGUGCAGAUGGUGUAUUUGCCUACUAGUGUUGGUGCAGAUGGUGUACUUGCCUACUAGUGUUGGCAAGCCUUCAGCAGGGAUACAUUACGUCAUGAUUUUUACUCUUCCUUUCAACGUGUGUGCGUGAGUUUUCUCGUGACUUAAAACCAUCGGAGCAUUUGUAAAAUGUUAUAUAUUGAA